AUGGAACUCCUAGAUUCAAACAAAUUCACGUCAUUUGUAGCCGACUUGCUACACCAGUACAAAAUUCCCGGUCUGUCAAUUGCUGUCGUUCACAAUAAUGAUAUUGCCUCCGGAGGUUACGGUGUGGCGAGUUGCGAAGACAACAUACCUUGCACUGGGGAUACACUGUUUGACAUCGCCUCAUCCUCAAAGUCCCUGACUGCUGCCUCCGUGGCCUUGCUCGUGGAUGACAAGAAACACCCUGAAGUGCAAUACGAAGCGCUUAUGUCGGAUCUCCUGCCAGACGACUUUGUCAUGCAAGAAAAGAUGUAUACUGAUAGUAUCACUGUCGAAGAUGUUCUCAGUCACAGAACUGGCAUGGCUAGCCAUGACAGUUCCUGCAUGGGACCGAGCGCAAUCCAUCCCGAUAACGCCAAGUCCAUCACAAGAAACCUCCGAAACCUCAAAGCUGCCGCCCCUGUGCGCUCACGAUAUCUGUACUGCAACCAGAUGUACACUGUGGCUUCACAUCUCGUUGAGGAAAUAUCAAAACAAAGCUUCUCCGAAUUUCUAGAAGAACGAAUCUUCGCGCCACUCAAUAUGAAAUCAACCACCCUGCAGCCCUCAAGUGCUCAUGCUAAGGGUUGGCGGAGUCGAAUGGCAAAGGGCUACAUCUGGGAAAACAAUGAGUGGCGCGGCUUCGAUCCGCAGGAAUGUCCUGAAGGUCAGGGUGCAGGCUCCAUCAUUUCGAGUGUUAACGAUUUCAUCAAAUGGGUGAAAGCUUUGCUUCAUCAUGAAGACCCGAUCAACGAUAAGGUUUACCAGGGACUUACAAAGAUGCGCUCGAUUGUGAACCCGAAUGCAAGGAGAUUGAAGGCCCAUACUACCCCCGCUAACUACACGGCUGGUAUGGAGCUAUAUUUCUAUCGUGGGAACAUGGUCAUUGGACAUGAUGGUAAUAUUCCGGGAUUUUCGAGUCGUUUCAUAUUUAUGCCUGACCAGAAAUUUGGUGCUGUGGUCAUGGGAAAUUCCACCGGAGCUGGUUCGGCAGCCACGACGAUUAUGAGAACGCUGAUGGACGAGGUGCUUGGAAUUUCAUUUGAAGACCGUCUGUUACAAAUGGCCAUUGGUCCAAAACAUAAGGAGCCGAGAAGCCUCCAGAACCAAAUAAAGCCCAAGUAUCAGAAAGAUUUCCUGCUGAAAGAUGAGCGAUUGGGGCAAUCCAAGGAGCAAUCGGAAUCGCAAUCUAUACAACAGAAUGACACGGCUGAAAUGAGGAAGAACAAGAAAGAAAAGGACAAAGGAACGCCACGGAGAUUCGGGCAACAGCAGGGAGAAAGGCCGAAAAAUGACAGCAAAAAUUUUCCUCAGGGAAUGUCUCUAGAAGCCUAUGUGGGGAGCUAUUGGAACGCAGGUUAUCACAACCUGACUGUUCUAAUAAAAGACGGGCGGCUUUUUAUCGACGCUACAGAUCGCUCGAUGGGUUUCACUAUGACGUUCGAUGAUUUCAAGAAUCAGGCCGAGUGUAUUGCCUAUUUGAAGGACAGUCUGGAGCUUACAGACAGUCUGGUCAAUGCGAACUUUGUUUUUGGAGCUGGUAAAGCUCUGGUGAUGGGAUUGGAUCUAGAGCCUGUUAUUAAGGAGAUGAUAUGGUUUAGACGAUGCAGUGAUGCUCUCGAAUAA